CGCUUCUGAGGAUAAACAUUCUUUCGGCUGAACCCUCUUUCUUUUCAGCAGGUAUGGUGAUCUGCUCUAUUGCCUGCAGGAUCAGCUUUUCUGAAAGAGGAUUGUCUCUGCAGAAACAGUGAUACUGUGGAGUCCAGUGAUAGUUAACUCUUAUCUGACUAAAGAUGAAAAUGUUUGGCUUAAUAUUCCUUUGGCUGAUCCUCCUGCUGGAGAGCUCAUCUUGUGCAGGUGAUCCAGGAGUCGUGAAUCCUUGCUGUUACUACCCUUGUCAGAACUCAGGAGUGUGUGUGCGAUUCGGGGAAAAUCUCUUCAAAUGUGACUGCACAAACACUGGCUUCUAUGGAGACAACUGCACUGUUGCGGAGUUCGGGACGAGAGUUCGUCUCAUGAUGAAGCCAAGCCCGACGACGAUCCACUUCCUCCUCACUCACUUCCACUGGUUCUGGGACAUGGUCAACAACUCUUUCCUCAGAGACGUGUUCAUGAGAUUACUGCUGACAGUCAGAAGUUCCUUCAUUCCAACCUCUCCGACAUAUAAUUCCAAAUAUGGAUACCUCAGUUGGGAGUCGUACUACAACACCUCCUACUACACCCGGAUCCUUCCUCCUGUACCUGAGGACUGCCCUUUGCCCAUGGGCACUAAAGGUAAAGCUGUUCUCCCUGAACCCAGAGUGUUGGUCAGGAGAUUUUUCAGAAGAAAGAAGUUCAGACCAGACCCCCAGGGAACCAACCUGAUGUUUGCCUUCAUGGCUCAACACUUCUCACACCAGUUUUUCAAGACAGACCAUGAAACACAAGGAGGUUUCACCAAAGCUUUAGGACAUGGGGUAGAUGCAAGCCACAUCUAUGGAGACAAUCUUGAGAGACAGCAUCAACUUCGCCUUCACGUUGAUGGCAAACUGAAAUAUCAGCUGAUAAAUGGGGAAAUAUUCCCUCCUACAACAGACACAGUCCCUGUGUACAUGGAAUACCCUGAAUAUUUGCCCCCUGAGCACCGCCUGGCCAUCGGUGAUGAGAAAUUUGGCCUCCUGCCGGGUCUCACUAUGUACGCCACCAUCUGGCUGAGGGAGCACAACAGAGUGUGUGACAUCCUGAAGGCUGAGCAUCCCACCUGGGAUGAUGAGCAGCUCUUCCAGACCACUCGACUCAUUGUUAUUGGCCAGACCAUAAAGAUCAUCAUAGAGGAGUACGUUCAGCAUCUAAGUGGCUACAGACUGAAGCUGAAGUUCGACCCAACGCUGCUUUUCCAGGAGCGUUUCCAGUACAGUAAUCGCAUCGCCCUGGAGUUCAGCCACCUCUACCACUGGCACCCGCUGAUGCCCGACAGCUUUCUCAUUGACGGCACAGAAUUCACCUACUCACAGUUUUUGUACAAUACCACCAUCCUCACGCACUACGGUGUUGAGAAACUGGCGGAAGCUUUUUCUCUGCAGCCUGCAGGACAGGUCGGAGGAGGUCGCAACUCUCAUGAAUCCCUGUACUUUGUGGCGGAGAACGUCAUUAAAGAGUCCAGAGCUACUCGUGUGCGGCCUUUCAAUGAAUACAGGAAGAAGUUUAAUCUGUCUCCAUACACGUCCUUUUCUGAGUUCACCGACGAUGAGGACAUGGCUCGAGGUUUAGAGGAGCUGUACGGAGACAUAGACGCUCUGGAGUUUUACCCUGGCAUGCUGCUGGACAAAGCUCGUCCCGGUGGCAGCCUAUUUGGAGAGAACGUCAUAGAGAUAGGAGGCCCCUUCUCACUGAAGGGCAUGAUGGGAACCCCCAUUUGUUCCCCUGAUUACUGGAAGCCCAGCACCUUUGGAGGAGAGACCGGCUUUGAUAUUGUCAAAACGUCCACUCUGAAGAAGGUGGUGUGUCUCAACACGAAGUGGUGUCCCUUUGUUGACUUCCACGUCCCUCCUGUUGAGGAGUCUGGAGAACAGAGAACUCAGUCCACUGAGCUCUGAUCACCUGGUAAUUACACCUUAAUGUGUGGCUUCAGAAUGAUCAUAACGUUGUGCAGUAUGGGAAAAAACAUCUGUUUUUAUCAUAACAGUUACAAUUCAGUGCAUAUAAAUCCUGCAGACAUUUUGUCAUAUCUUCUCACAUGUCAUAGUAUUUCACUUGUGCAAAAGAACACAUUUCCAUUCUCUCUCUCUCUCUCUCUCUCUCUCUCUCUCUCUCUCUCUCUCUCUCUCUCUCUCUAUACACAUAGAAAGGUCUCUAGAUUGUAACACUACAAUUUUUUUGAGUAGGGCUUAUUUGUUUUGCUUGUUUGUCUGUUUCAACAUAACUCAAAAAGUUAAGAACGGAUUAUGUUGAAAUCUUUAGGAAACGUUCAGAAUGGAACUAGGAACAAAUGGUUAUAUUUUGGGAGUGAUCUGCAUUAAGAGGGGGUGGGGCUGAGCUGUUUGGUGGAGGUCUGCGCUCUCCAAGUGCUUUUCUAGUUAUCGUUACCAUUAUUUGUGGUUUUCACUUCUCAUUUGUACUCGUCACACCAUAGCAGAAUCAUUUUAUGUUUUAGGAACACACAUUGUCAGAAUAUCUUCAGCACUGUACAUUAAUGAAAGAAUUCUGAGUUCCGUGGAUCGAUAGGGAGAAAAGGAAGCUUUAGAUCCAUGGUACAACACAUGGGGAAAGAAAGCACAUCGCAUGUGAUUCACUCACGACACAAUGAUGAAGCGUUUCGAUUUGAUCACUCUUAUUAUAAUCAUGAAAGCACGACUGCACAGAUAUGUGAGCUGGCUCCCCCACAGGUUGGUGAACAGCAAUAAAGGUUAAAUGUGUCAUCAGAGAUAUAAGACACUGGUUCUCUGAUAUCUCAUGGUCCUGCCCUGGACACAUGCGACGACUGACCACUUCUGAUCAAGAGGAUCAAAUCUGCUAUGUUUGAGGAGGCCCUGCCUCAAGAAGUUUAAAGUAAUUGGAGCCAUUCUCAGGGCAGCUCUGCGAUCAUCUUGCGUGGUGUUAACAGUUACAGUCUUUGGUCAAGUUUGGAUUUACACUGUGUGUCGU